AUCGCAUCGAUCUUGAUGAAUUGCAGCGAGGAUGGAUCAUGAAGCCAGCGGGCUACGACCCCUGCACGGCGGAGUACUCGGAGGUCUACUUCAAUCGACCCGACGUCCAGGCGGCGCUGCACGCGAACGUGACAAAGAUCGGCUACAACUGGACACGCUGCAGCGAUGCGAUCUACACUUGGAACGACGCCGCCUUCUCCACCCUCCCCGUCAUCCGCAAGCUGGUCGCCGGCGGCCUCAGGUUGUGGGUGUUCAGCGGCGACACCGACGGAAGGAUCCCCGUGACGUCGACGAGGCUCACCCUCCACAAGCUCGGGCUCAAGACCGUCCAGGAGUGGACGCCGUGGUACGACCAUCUGCAGGUUGGUGGAUGGACGAUCGUGUACGAGGGCCUGACAUUCGUCACGAUCCGCGGCGCUGGGCAUGAGGUGCCUUUGCACGCGCCGCGGCAGGCGCUGACGCUCUUCAGCAACUUCCUGGCAGGCACCAAGAUGCCCCCAACGGCGUUCCCCUAACUGCUGUCUCCCCCUCUUCUCUCUCUCUCUCUCUCGCUUCUACCAAAGAUGCAUGUGUAAUUCGAUCGGAAAAAAAGGAAAAGGUUCAGGAAUAAAAGUCAGUCAGGUUUUAAUAGAGAA